GAUAGAUAAACGGCUUUCCAAACAAACUCCUCGAGAAACUUCAGACAUGACUUUCCUGAAGUCUGCCCCUGUCCUGAAGAUCAAGCAAAAGGGUGGGACACCGGCAUCUUCACCAGUCGUCGCACAGAAGAGGAAGAGCGAUGUGAUGACUUCGCUCGCUGCAGAUUCCUCCAAGAAGUUGGCCAAGACCGCUCAGGAUAAGGGGAAGAAGGUUGUCAUUGAUUCUCCGGUUCGUCCUCGCGACUUCCUGGCUAUGCAGGAAAAAUUACUGGCCGAGAUUCCUUAUGAGGAACUUGUUUCUCGAUCAACUGAACUGGCCGCACAAUCUGUGGCUUUGUUUAUGAAAGCCGUGGCCACGCCUUCGAAGGAAAUUGACUCGCUGAAGAGGCAGAAUGCCCAUUUUCAGGAAAACAUAAAGAGGCUGAAGCAGGAGGUGGCCAAGAUGGAGGAACUUCACAAGGAGCUCGAGGAAGCCAACAGGGCCAAAGAACAGUUGGAGCUCGAGCUCAAGAAGUCGCAGGACACGAUCGCUGAGAUGGCUCGCGACUUAGAGGCUGAGAGAGAGAGUGGGAAAAAACAGUAUGAUCAGGCUGUGUCUGAUUACAUUUAUACUACUCUCUCUAAGGUCCCUGACUUCGACUUCUCGCUGCUUGGAGAUGAAGCUGCUGAAAUGGCUGAAGCCUUUCGCUCGAUGUCUCCUACCCGGACUCAAGGCAACCUUCCAGAUGAAAUCGAGGGAGCGCAGGCUGAGGAGGUCGAGAAUGAAGUUGUGAGCAAGAUCGUGGAUGAGGCUGCUCCUGAUGAGACUACUCCCGCUGCUUGAUUAUUUUCUAUCUUAGUUUCACUUUUGUUUUGCUGCUUUACUUAUUUUUUUUUUUUUAUAUAUGCGGUACGCGGGUACUCGCACUUUUGUACUUAAAGAAUUUCCUCUUACUUUUUGGACAAAUUUCUAUCCUCGCGGGGAUAGUAUGCAUUUUAAUAUUUACGCAGUACAUGGGUACUUGCGAUUUUAUUUUCAA